AUGUUGGCAAAGGAACAAGAUGUAAACAAGGUAUCGCAUCUAAACCAUCAGUAUGAAAACGAACAUAAUGAAAACAAGAAGGUGAAGAAGCCGCCAGGCUCUCUCCCCUGCCAUCCCUUCUCACAAGUCAUGACCUCGACGGACAUGCUCUCCGACGAGCUGCAUCUGCAUCAAGACCCCUGGAGCAGCACGUAUCGUGCCGUCCUGGGCUGCGAAGAGAAGCUGCGACCAGUGUGCGUGCAGGUGCUCAGAGCUGACGGAGUGCCGGGAGACUCCAAGGCCGAGGUCGAGGACUUGAUCGAGAACCUGGCGGAGGAGGCGGAGAAGAUGGCAGGUCUUUCGCACCCCAACAUCGCGCAGGUCGUGGGGUACGCCAAGGACGAGGACGCGAGGAUGGGAUGCCUCGUCAUCGACUGUCACGGAGACGUGGGGAGCAGGAGCGUGCUGGUAGGGAUCAGCUUCCAGGGCAGGCUGAUGGACUGCGGGCUCUUCCGACUGAAGAGGGGCGGGAGGUCCACAGGAGGAGCCGCGGGGAGCGGGAGGGAGGGGGAGCUGCUGGUAGAGCUACUGACGGGGGUCGUGCGAGGAGGGGAGGAGGAGGGCGGGGGGAGGGCGAAGUGGGGAGAGUUGGGAGGUUUGGGGGAGGGGAGGGAGCUGGAGUGGGACAGCCGUGCAGGAUGCUGGGGGGAGGGAUGCAAGGAAGGGAUGAUGGGGGUGCUUGAGAGCUGCUGGAGGAGGAACAAGGGCCCGGGAGACACGCUCGCAGCCGUGUCGUCGAGGAUGCGAGGGGUUGAGAGGAAGUACUGCCAGCCAACGAGGGAGGAGGCGCUGCUGCGGCAGAUGGAGGAGGCGAGGGAGGAGCUGGAGAAGCUCAAGCUUGAGGGAGAGAGGAGGAGGCUACAGGGGAGGGUGAGGGCGGGGGAGUGUCUGGUGUGUCUGGAGGAGGCGGAGGAGGGAGUGGUGUGCUCGUCGUCGGCUCACUUCAUCUGCUCGGAGUGUCUCCCGCAGGAAGUGGGGCGAGUGCUGGAGCUGGCAGAGACGGAGGGGGGCAUCAGGCGAGGAUGCGGGGGCGUGUACACGGACAAGGACCUGGCGGGGGCGCUGACGGCGGAGAAGUUCGAGAGGCUGAUGGAGUGCCGGAGGAGGAGCAUGAGGAGCGAGGUGUUUGCGGAGGUGAUGGGGAGGAUGAAGGACCUGAAGCUGGAGGGGGAGGAGGCCGCGACGAGGGAGCUGAUCCGGCUGCAGCAUCCGGAUGCCCUGCAGUGUCCGAGGUGUCAUACGGGGCCGGUGCUCCCGGAGGGAUGCUCCGACCUUGGUAUGCACCACCAGGAAUGGUUCAAAGGAGCAAUGUUCAGCAACGCGUGCAGGGCUUGCGGCUUCUUCGAUCGCGACCGGAACAACUGGGAGAAGUGGGAUGGGAGGAUGACAGGGCAGAGGGAGCAGGGGAGGCAGGGGGGAGCAGCAGCAGCAGCAGCAGGGGCAUUUGGAAGGACACAGCUCAGGACAAGGCUGAAAAGGAGAGUCGUCAUUAGGCAUGAUUCAACAGAAGAAGAGGAUGAGGAGCAAGAUGAGGACCAGGACUGGUACGACGUUGUGAAUGAGAUCAUUGAGCAAGAGUUGCAUGGGGGAUUGUAUGACGACGGCGACGACGACGGAGACAGCGACGACGACGGAGAUGAAGACGAUAACCACAACGACAACGACAACGACGAAGACGGAUACAGCGACGACAACGGAGACGGCAACGACGAUGGAGACGGAUACGGAGACGACAACCACAAAGACAACAACUACGAAAGAGAAGGAGAAGGAGAUGAAGACGAAGACAGCGAUGACAACAAAGGAGACGACAACGAUGACAGAGACGAAAAUGAGGACGAUGACCACAAAGACAGCGACGACGGCGACGACACAGACGGAGACGACGACGAGGACAGUACCGACAACGAAGACAGUACAGUCGACGAAGACAGUACCGACGAUGACGGACCUGAACAAGAGCAGGAUGGUCGUCCUGCAGUUCUAGGAGGUGCAACUCAGCCUGUUCCUGUUCGUCAAGAGCAAGACCAUCCUCAGAUUAUAGGGGUGUGCAAAUCGACCGGCCAGGUCUGCAAGAACUGCCUGAACGACAGAGGAUGCCGAUGGGCGUAUCAACCAGACAAGUGGCCGGGACAUGUGUCAUGGUAA